UUUCAUGAUUUCGGGGUUUAGCUGCAACUGACAGUGAGCUCGAGCCCGUCACUGAUUCAGAGGAACACCGAGCAGAAGAAAAUGGCCCCGCACCUGAAGCUCCUGUAACCCCGCCCACUCACAGAGACAGAGCGGAAAAGAACAGCAGGGAGUGACGUCAGCAGUAAUUGGCCGGGACACCCUCCUCCUCUUCUGUGCUGAGAGCCGAUCUGAGCCGUGUCAGUGUGAGCAGAGAGGGCCAGCGCUCACAGAUCGGCAUCAUGGGAAACUCCUCCAGCAUGUCAGUGAAGGAGCUGAGCGCCUGUCACUCCCAUCAGUGGUACCGCAAGUUCAUGACCGAGUGUCCGUCCGGCCAGCUCACCUUCUACGAGUUCAAGAAGUUCUUCGGCCUGAAGAAUCUGUCAGAAACGUCAAACGAGUACGUCAAGACCAUGUUCAAGACCUUCGACAUCAACGACGACGGCUGUAUUGACUUCAUGGAGUACGUGGCAGCUCUGAGUUUGGUUCUGAAGGGUGGUGUUCAGCAGAAGCUGCGCUGGUACUUCAAGCUCUUCGACGUGGACGGCAGCGGCUGCAUCGACCGCGAGGAGCUGCUGCUCAUCUUCAAGGCCAUUCAAGCCAUUAAUGGAGUGGAGCAGGAGCUUUCUGCUGAGGAAAUGACUGACAUGGUGUUUAACAAGAUUGACAUUAACGGAGACGGCGAGCUGUCUCUGGACGAGUUCAUCGAGGGCAUCCAGGCGGACGAGGUUCUCUCCGUGAUGUUGACUCAGAGUCUGGAUCUGACUCAUAUCGUCAGUAAUAUCUACACAGACAUCGGCUCUGAGCAGCAGCUCAACUGACCCCAGACCAGCUGGAGAUCAGGUGCCAAACGAGAGGAAGACGAGGAGCGUUUCUCAACUCUACAGCUGCUGAAGAGCUUUAAACCCUCAUCUCAGCAGCCUGAUUAUUCCCCGUAACCACACACCAUAACUGAGACUAGAGCAAGCGCUUUGUUUAAGUGCACUUAUGCAGGUAACACCUAGGGAACAAAUCUCUAAAAUGUGCAAUGUUUCUUCAGCCCUGUGAUGUACAGCAGGUAGAUGAUCUGUCCUGCAAGAACUCCAUCUUAAUGUUACAUGGUAUUGUCAUAUGUAUUAUAGUAUUAUAGUGUACAUACGUAUAGUGUGCGUUUGUAAUGUUACUGUAAUUUUACACCUCCCCAUUUCAAAGUAAAAUAUGAAAUGUGUUAUUUGUAUACAGAAUAAUGGCUAUAAUGGACCUCCCUGUAUAUUUCGACUCGAUCUAUUUAAGGGUUAAUCAUUAACCUGUCCACAUAUAAAUACUGUUGCAGUGCAAACGUUUUUCCGGAAGCAUUUAAUCAUCUUAUACAUCUAACAAAUGUAACAUAAAUCAGUUUCCCAAAGAUAUAUUUUAAUAUUUACGUGAAGUGCGAAAACAAAACGGCUUACGUCACACGCGUGACUAAAUCUGAUUGGUUCUUGGGUAUCAAGCGCGCCAAAAGUGGUUUAAUGAAUGUGAAUAGAAAUCCAAAAGAAAGUCUCUUAAAUAACACGGACCGACCAUUUCUGUUUGGUUUGACAGUGUUUGGAACGACGAGCUAAUUAAAAUAUAUUUUGUACAAUCUAUUAAAUGAAAUAAUAAUAAUAAAAA